UCCCAUUAUUACAAUUUUAUUACAAGACAAGUUGCCAAAUGAAAUUAAAAAAAAAAAAAAGAAAACCAGGGUUGACCAUACAGAAGGGAAAAGUCUGGUGGAUUACUUCUGGUGACUAAUUCUUCAUCAGAUAUGAUGUGCCUGAAAGUGAAAAGAAAUAUAGAAAAAUCAUUCACUGAGCUCCCUCUUGUGCUCCUCUGGUUCAAUAGUUUUUCAACAUGUGAUUGUGGACCUAAUCCCUCCCGGAGUACAAGUCGCACACGGCGCCGUAAUUACUUCGUAUCUAUGCCUUCCCGCAAUUUAAAUGGCCAGAAAACACACUGCCAAAGUUUUCGUAAAACCUGAUCGGACCUGUCCUCUGUCGGCUCUCACUUUACAUUUUUUUUUAUUACCGUCAUUUCGGUAUUUUAGGUUUAAUUUGUACCUUUUAAAUAGGACCGGAUCGGAUAACCUAAUUUUUUGUUUUCCAGAAGUCGGCCUAUGCCUUUUUUUCCACAGCCACACAAAGACAAGGGCACAUUUUAAACACCAGUUUCACGUUCUUUCCAUGUACGUCCAUUUCAAUCCUUUCGGAUCUUGCCACUUGACUUCAUCACUGCUCCAUUUUAGCUAGCAAUUUGUUAGCCAGACUGCCACAUUUUAGCUAGUAGCUAGCAAUACCCCUUUUAUAUAAAGUUUUAAACAGUGCUACCCUUCAAAAUUAAUUUCCACAUGCUUGAUUUCCAGAUAAUUAGAGAUAUUUUAAAUCUCUCAUUGUGUCAGCGAUAUAUAUAAUUCUAUUUCUCUUUCACACACACACACACACACACACACACACACUGUUGUUGAAGUCUCUGUCCUGUCCUAUACGUGCUUUUAUAUCAAAGUAAUAUACAUCUACUACAACUGCUCCCAGUUAGGAUCAUUCCAGGAACCUAACAAAUAAAUAGUUACUCACAACAGCAACAACAAGUGAUGAACUCCCCAACUGAUUGGCCCGAACCAAUAGUUCGUGUCCAAACUUUAUCCGAUUUGCCCGUAAUCCCAGACAGAUAUGUUAAGCCUCCUGAUCAAAGACCAACAGUACCAAUAUCCAGCACCAGUAGCUUUUCUUCUUCAAAGCUUAACAUCCCGUUAAUCGAUUUCGCCGACUUUUUAAACGGCGACACCAUCCGGCGCGAAUCCACUCUGCAGAAAAUAUACGAGGCUUGUACGGAGUGGGGGUUUUUCCAGGUCAUCAACCAUGGAAUCAGCCCUCAACUUCUGGACCGGGCUAGAGAAGUUUGGUAUGGGUUUUUCCACCAGCCCAUGGAAGUGAAGCAGGCUUAUGCCAAUUCCCCUAAGACUUAUGAAGGUUACGGCAGCAGACUGGGGAUCCAGAAGGGCGCAACUCUUGACUGGGGUGACUACUAUUACCUCCACUAUCUUCCUUGUUCCUUGAAAGAUCCAAACAAGUGGCCGGCGCUUCCUCUGGACCUCAGGGAUGUGAUUGAUGAAUACUCGGAACAAGUGGUUAAAUUUUGCGGGUUGAUGAUGAAAGUGCUGUCACAAAAUCUCGGGUUGGACCAAGAUUUUCUACAGAAUGCAUUCGGAGGGGACGACAUCGGUGCUUGUUUAAGGGUCAAUUUUUACCCCAAGUGUCCACAACCGGAAUUGACCCUCGGCCUCUCCUCUCACUCAGAUCCGGGUGGAUUGACAGUGCUCUUAACCGACCAUAACGUGGCCGGCCUCCAAGUUCGAAAAGACGAUCAAUGGAUCACGGUUAAGCCGGCUCCACACGCUUUCAUUGUCAACAUCGGCGAUCAAAUUCAGGUGUUGAGCAAUGCAGCAUACAAAAGUGUGGAGCAUAGGGUGAUAGUGAAUUCAGAUAGAGAACGAUUGUCGCUUGCUUUCUUUUAUAACCCAAAGAGCGAUUUGCUAAUUGGACCAGCAAAGGAGCUUGUCAGGCCACAGAAACCGGCACUUUAUCCAGCCAUGACCUUCGACGAGUAUCGACUUUACAUUAGGACCAAAGGACCAAAGGGCAAAUCCCAAUUGUCGGAGUUUCAAAAUUCCCCAAGAUAACAUCAAGCCUUCGGGUUACGACUACACUAAUUAAUUUUUCAUCUUUCUCAAAAAAAAAAAUUAUUUAUCCAUUGUUGAAUUAAGUAGGUCAUUUAUAUGUUAAGUGUAAAUCAUCUAAUGAUGAUCCUCGUAGAAAAUUUUAUGCCAUCAUCAUUAAUCAUAUUGGUACGAUGAUUCUUACCUUCCAUAUAUCAAUCAAUGUACGCGGCAGGUUUGAACUCUGAACUUUGAAUCGUUAAUGGUGGAAAAUCAAUGGCUAAUAAUCGAAAAUUAUUAUCCCA